CUGUAUCCUGAGGUGUCUCAUCGCCAUACAAUUUCGCGUAUCGAGUGCUUUCUUUCCUAAACACCAAGAAGCCUAGCAACACAGCUGCUUUGUCCACCGGCAGCAAUGGCUUCAACACAAAAGCCUCCAGAGCGCAACCGCGCUUUGCGCAUGCUCGGGCUCCCCGCCCUGCCCAAGAAGCUGCCUUCUCGCAACUGGAUGAUCUUUUGGACUGUCUCCACGACUCUGAGCGCCGCGAUUAUCUACGACCGCCGGGAGAAGCGCCGCGCCACUGCCCGGUGGGCCCGCGCCGUCUCACACAUCGCCAAGGAGCCCGUCGGCAGCCCCAGCGAGAUGCCGCGCCGCCUAACCGUCUAUCUCGAGUCGCCGCCGGGCGAUGGCUUCCGCGUCGCUCAGGACCAUUUUGUUGAGUACGUCAAGCCCAUCCUGGCCGCCAGCGGCCUGGACUGGGAGUUUGUCCAGGGCAGGAUGCAGGGCGACGUGCGCGCCGUCGUAGCCGAGCAAAUCCGCCGCAGGAGGAGGGCGGCCGGCGAGGUCGCACCCGAGACGCCUGAAGGCUUGACGGAGCAAAAGUCGGAACCAACGACCGAGGAGAUUGUCGAGGAGAUGCGCAAGAAGUCUGGCGUCAGGGAGUUUGCCGGCGUCCGGGGCGACAUUGUUGUUGGGCGCCAUACGUGGAAGGAAUACAUCCGCGGCCUGCACGAGGGUUGGUUAGGGCCUCUGGUGGCGCCGUCGGAGCCACCAAAGCCUGUUGCUGCGGGAGCAGAGGAAGCAAAGGAGGCAGAAGAGAAGAAGAGCGAUGAGAGCAAACCGAAACGACCACCACAACCGAAGCCGUACAACACUCCGGAGCAAUACCCAUCUUCUGAAAUCAGCCAACACAUCCCAGCCGAACUCACCCCAUCGGUCCCGAUCCGUUUCCCUCACCUUCUUGGCUUCCUCGGCACGCCCACUCGUUUUGUGCGCUUCCUGAACAGGCGACAAACGGCGGAUGAGAUUGGCGCCGAGGUCGCAGCCGUCUGUCUUGCCACGUACCGCGAGUGGAAGUCCGAGGACGAGAUCAAGGAGUCGCUCGAGUCUGCAGAGAAAGAUUGGGUAAAGAGCGUGUGGAAGGCCGAUAAGACCGAGGAGGGUGAUGUCCAACAGCGCCCAAAGGAAAAGGUCUGGGUCAACCCGGUCGUACUGGACCCCAGGAUCUCCAGCAGGAUGAGGCGCUUCGAGCUGACGUCUGCUGACGAGACUCGGGCGCGACAGAUCGUCGUCCCCGAGGAAGAGGUUGAGGGCUGGAUAAAGGGCCACCUGAGGCAAAUGUGGCGGUGGGGUGCUGGCCAGUUCCGAAGCAACAGCAAAAAGAUACCUAAUGUUGGACCUCUGGACGAUUAAUCUCUAUUAGUGGCCACCUUUGGGGAUGCUUCUUUGGCCGCCCAUCUUGACUUCUGUACAACAUGUGUAUUUGUUCUUGUUGGCUGCAUGUAUAAACGGGUGGGGAAACUAUGCAACUGGCUCCUAAACUUCUGUACAAGAUGUAAUGAUCUCCUCUUUUUUUUUCUCUCUAGUUACUAGCGAUGAGUUUAUUAGGCUUUUUGUAUAGAUCCUUAGACUACUAAUCCGAAUCAUCAUCUGAACCGUA